AUGGCAAGAUCACAAGAACACAGUCAGACCUCUGAUCAGCGAUAUGUGCACCCGCAUCUCGGUCAAGAGCCCGAACGUCUUUCUCGCCAAGUCAUGGCGGAAGCCAGGAAGAUCCAGACGGCUGUCAUCCUGGCUCCCGAAAGAACCGACUACCGAGACCGCUGGUACUACAAGGACGUGACACCCUUCAUGCGCCUCUCCAAGCAGCGCUUUCGACAGGACGGCUUGCUCCUGCCUUUCGGACACCCUCGAAGCGGCUUUGACUUGCCGAGUCCGACCUUGUUCCAGACGCCUAUGUCCUGGUCAUUGUGCGACCAGGCGGAUCCCCUUAGUGGAUGGCCUCCAGAGGAGGUGCGCCAGGUGGCGUCUCCCGCUUCAAACAAUGAAUACGGGAAGCUGUUCCUGUACUUACGCCACGAACUCAUAAAUUACCUCUACCGCUUUUCUGCUCUUCAUGUCGAUUUUGAGCUGCAUAAUAUGGACACGAGGAAGCUCCCUCCCCAUCUCGAAAAGCAUAAGUAUGCGAGAAUCGAACGGGCAAAGGUCUCUAACAUAACCGACCAGGCCUACGUGGGGACCCGAGAGGCAUUAUCCUUGCUAUCUCCUCUGCUUCAAACGCCAGAGGAAAAUUCCCAUGCCACAAUCCUCACCCUCUAUUUGAACGCCAUGAUGGAGAUUGCUAAGGCUGACGAAAGCCUUGCGUCAAGCGGAAAGUACGACGUGGGCUGGGUGAGCCCGCUACUGGCGUAUCUACCUAGAAUCUCGCCAAUGGCCCUCGCUAUCUCACCACAGGGCGCUGAGUCCUACAAGGUCUGGGACUCGCGGAGCAUCCUCCUCGACGCCGAAGAGUAUUUUCAGAGAUAUACAGCAGAGCAGAAGUUCCACGAGAUACCGCGCAAGCUGCAUGUCGCCAUGAAGAGUGACCACACAACUGUUGACAAGUGGCCAACAAGACUGAAAUCUUGCUUGGGCCAAGAGGGCGCCCAGGAUGAGUUUGAUUUCCUGUUGGCUAGCAAGCUCACCAGUAUUGAGCGACAUGUGGAAUGGCGCAGAUUGGAAUAG